CUUUGUACUUGUUGAAUGAUUGAUUUCGAAUUCCAGACACAGUACAUUUGUUUGUGGUUAUCUAGUAGUUUUUGAUCCAAUUUCAUUAUUUCUGGGAUUCCUAGUUAGUACUAGAAUUCAAAUACUCCUAAUUAUUUCAUUGGCGUCGCAAUGGGGCCUGUUAUGGAACGGUUGGACAUAUAUUCAGAUUUUGAUGCUUUUGAGGAUUACUUUGAAAGGUUAGAAAUCUGGGCUAUGACCAAGGAAGAUGAUGAGGAUGUUAAUAUUGUAGCACAUUUCCUAACAUUCAUCGGAAAAGAAUCAUAUAGCUUAUUAAAAAGUCUGGUUUUACCGGAAAAGCCCAUUUCACUUUCUUAUACGACUCUUAAGGAUCUAAUGCUAGACUAUGUUAAGUGUACAAAUUUCGAACACAAUAAAGGAAGAUUUCGUAAAAUGAUUCAUGAGGAUAUAAAAAAAUCCACUACAUUUCGUCAUACCAACCCAAUUCAUACUCAAGGUUAUGAAGAUGAUUCAGUGAGAAGUUGCGAUGCAGUCCACGAAGAUGGGUACAAGUUUAGUGAAUGUUUGUCCCGCGGCAAGUUCCACUCCUUUAAUUCAUGUAAAUUUCGUAAUUCUAAGUGCUAAAAAUGUGGUGAUACUGAACAUAUUCUGUCAGUUUGUAAUAUUACUGUUCGUCGUGCUGCAACGAAUAUUAAGUCUUGUAAUUCUGAUUCUAUUAAGUCCAGUGUUCCUAAUGAUUAUUUACUCUUAUCAACGAUUUCAAAAGACAGUGUAGUGUCAUACAGCAGUGCAGAGUUAAAUGAUACUCAGAAUUCUUG